CGUCUCCGACGUCAUUCUGCUAUUCACGCAAAGAGCAGGAAGCAGAAGUUCAAGAAGCAGAGCACAAACACAAACCCCAUGGCUACGGGAGCUGCGCUUCUCGACCUACCAGCGGACUGUCCUCGGCAGGCGCCGGGGGAGGUGAGUAUAUCCCACCAUCGGCACGAGGUCGUGCAGGACAGCUAAUAAUGAGAUUGCACAAGCGUAGCAGGGAAGGUUCUCCAGCCUCCGUCACCGAGAGUCACCACAGACCCUCCAACGACAAGGAAGACUCGCAGCCCCGCCAGCGUCUGGACCGCCUCCGACGCGAGCUCCUGAAAAAGCCCGAUUGGGCCGCCGUUGCCGCAGCACGGCCAAUCCAGAUCGCAUUCCCCACUCCAGAGUCACAGGCAAGGUUUGGGAAGCGGAGAAAGAUAACGGAGAGUGAUCGGACGAGACUGGGCACUUCUGGCUCGCGCUCAGUCCAUGUUGUACGGCAUAGGAAGCGCAAGGGUUCUCCCAUGGAGGCGGUGGACUUCUCACAGAUGAGUCUGAGAAUAAACGGCAAGCGAGUGGUGAAGAGAACCACGGACUCUGUACCGGAUCAACCAGUCAAUGUCUCUUCUCAGUCGAUGCUGCUGGACAGCGACCGACCAGUCUCCGCCAAUCAAUGCGUGCGGGCGCAUUUACCUCAGAGUUUCGAUGGCAGUGAUGUCUUCCAAGACAGCUCGCUUUUGCUUGGAAGUAGCAAGCCGUCGGUGAUUGUACAUCCAACAUCAUCGGUUCUUGACUAUGAGUCGUAUGCCCCAAAUGCAGCAAGUGCCAUAUCAAACAGUGAACUGAAGCGAUGCUUGGGACCACUCGAGGAUUCUCAAAGCCUGAGACCAUACUUGAGUGAUGCUAUUAGUCCUAGCCCGCAACCCCAGAAAGCCCCACGUAUCAUAUCGAAGAUUGUACUCGAGCAAGAUCUACUUGAACAGAAGGACUUGCAACGAUACUCGAGUCGGAGUACGAGUCCCAAUCGGGAAUUACUAGUCCGGCGACGGUUCACAAUCGAUGAUCAGAUUGACGCUGAACGAGAGGGUAUGUUAACACUGCCGUGGACUCACAGAGGUGGAAGCAUGCCUCAGGAUCAGUACAACAAGGACAGAUUGAACACCAGAGCCCGGUCACCGCUGUCGGUCGAGUCAGAUGGGCGGAGACUGGACCAUCUGUCAGCUACGACUCCGCCUCUCCAUGAAUAUGCCUGGCUCCCAGGACCACGUCUCCGACUGGAGAAAGAAAGACACAAAACUGACACGACGAGUUCCAGAUCACGAGCAAGACCUACCACAAGCUGCAGAAAUGCAAGGCAGGAUCCAUCGCUGAAGGUAUAUGGGCAACCCGUGCCGCCCGAAUGGGAGUCUCAUUGCCGACCGACACAAGCUCCAGCAUGGGGUUCAAUGGAUAUGGCGAAAGGACUAUUAUCUUACAAUCCACCCAGCGUCGGCACGCCACAGAAAUCUUCAACAUCGGAAGCUGCUCUAAGUCCGGGCCAUUUUAGAUUCACUAAUCCCAGACUAGAACCCAAGCCUACCGUGGACUACCGAGAGUCUACCUUGCCCUGGAGAGCGACUGGCCCGACCACUCGACACAGACAACCAGUCCAUACGUCUGGCUUCGUGCUUUGACGGAUGAGGAUGACGAAGGCCCUCAGUUGCUCGUUUCAUCAUUAGCAGUCCGUAGUCAGUAAACUGGAGAUAGUGUGGAUACAUCCUAA